GGAGAGAAGCCGUGCCAGCGGGUGGGGGACCGAGCGCCAGAGACAGAGAAGGCCGAGGAGAUGGAGGGCGACGGGGUCCGGUGGGGGAGCGAGCCGCCAUCGGGUCCUGGCCCGGGAGGCGGCGGAAUGAUCCGGGACCUGUGCCGGAGCUUUGGGCGCUACCGCCGCUACCUGGGACGGCUGCGGCAGAACCUCAGCGAAACGCAGAAGUUCUUUCGAGACAUCAAGGGCUCCCACAGCCACAGCUGUCCAUCCUCCCCCACAGGCGUCGGCGGGGCCCAGCGCGCCCCUGCCGGCGAUGUCGCCGAGACCGGGCUGCAGGCGGGCCAGCUGAGCUGCAUUUCCUUCCCACCUAAGGAAGAGAAGUACCUCCAGCAGAUUGUGGACUGCCUCCCCUGCAUCUUGAUCCUCGGCCAGGAUUGUAAUGCCAAGUGCCAGCUAUUGAACCUGCUGUUGGGGGUGCAGGUGCUUCCUACCACCAAGCUGGGCAGUGAGGAGAGCUGUAAGCUUCGGCGCCUCCGCUUCACCUAUGGGACUCAGACUCGGGUCAGCCUGGCACUCCCCGGCCAAUACGAACUAGUCCACACUCUGGUUGCUCACCAGGGCACCUGGGAGACCAUCCCUGAGGAGGACCUGGAGGUCCAAGAGGACAGUGAGGAUGCUGCCCAUGUUUUAGCCGAACUGGAGGUAACGAUGCACCACGCUCUCCUACAGGAUGUGGACAUUGUGGUAGCGCCCUGCCGAAGCCUCCGGCCCACAGUGGAUGUUCUGGGUGACUUGGUGAACGAUUUCUUGCCUGUGAUAACCUAUGCACUCCACAAAGAUGAACUGUCCGAGAGGGAUGAGCAGGAGCUUCAGGAAAUCCGAAAGUAUUUCUCUUUUCCCAUAUUCUUUUUCAAAGUACCGAAGCUGGGCUCAGAGAUAAUUGACUCCUCCACCAAAAGAAUGGAGAAUGAGAGAUCACCGCUUCAUCGCCAGCUAAUCGACCUGGGCUAUCUGAGCAUCAGUCACUGCAACUGUGGGGCUCCUGGCCAGGACACUAAAGCUCAAAGCAUGUUGGUGGAACAAAGCGAGAAGCUGAGACACUUGAGCACAUUUUCUCACCAGGUGCUACAGGCUCGCUUGGUGGAUGCAGCCAAGGCUCUGAACCUGGUGCACUGCUGCUGCCUUGACAUCUUUAUUAACCAGGCCUUUGACAUGCAGCGGGACCUGCAGAUUACUCCCAAACGUCUGGAAUAUACGCGAAAAAUGGAGAAUGAGUUAUAUGAAUCUUUGAUGAACAUUGCCAACCGAAAGCAGGAGGAAAUGAAGGACAUGAUUGUUGAGACUCUUAACACCAUGAAGGAGGAGCUUCUGGAUGAUGCCGCCAAUAUGGAGUUUAAAGGCAUCAUUGUCCCUGAGAAUGGGGAACCAGUAGGCACCAGAGAGAUCAAAUGCUGCAUUCGACAGAUCCAGGAACUCAUCAUCUCCCGGCUGAAUCAAGCGGUUGCUAAUAAGCUGAUCAGCUCAGUGGAUUACCUACGUGAGAGUUUUGUCGGAACGCUCGAACGGUGUCUGCAGAGCCUGGAGAAGUCUCAGGAUGUCUCAGUUCACAUCACCAGUAAUAAUCUCAAACAGAUCUUAAAUGCAGCCUAUCAUGUCGAAGUCACAUUUCACUCGGGGUCCUCAGUUACAAGGAUGCUGUGGGAACAAAUCAAACAGAUCAUCCAGCGCAUCACAUGGGUGAGCCCACCAGCCAUCACACUAGAGUGGAAGAGGAAGGUGGCCCAGGAAGCCAUUGAGAGCCUCAGUGCCUCCAAGCUGGCCAAAAGCAUUUGCAGCCAAUUCCGGACCCGGCUCAAUAGUUCGCAUGAGGCUUUUGCAGCCUCUUUGAGACAGCUGGAAGCUGGGCACUCAGGCCGGUUGGAGAAAACUGAGGAUCUAUGGCUGAGGGUUCGGAAAGAUCACGCCCCCCGCCUGGCCCGGCUUUCUCUGGAGAGCCGUUCUUUACAGGAUGUCUUGCUGCAUCGUAAACCUAAACUGGGACAGGAGCUGGGCCGGGGCCAGUAUGGUGUGGUGUACCUGUGUGACAACUGGGGAGGACACUUCCCUUGUGCCCUCAAGUCGGUGGUUCCUCCAGAUGAGAAGCACUGGAAUGACCUGGCCUUGGAGUUUCACUACAUGAGGUCUCUGCCGAAGCAUGAACGAUUGGUGGACCUCCACGGGUCUGUCAUCGACUACAACUACGGUGGCGGCUCCAGCAUUGCUGUGCUGCUCAUCAUGGAGCGGCUCCACCGGGACCUCUACACUGGGCUGAAGGCCGGGCUGACCCUGGAGACACGCUUGCAGAUAGCACUAGAUGUGGUAGAAGGAAUCCGUUUCCUCCAUAGCCAGGGACUUGUCCACCGUGAUAUCAAACUGAAAAACGUGCUGCUGGACAAGCAGAACCGAGCCAAGAUCACUGACUUAGGAUUCUGCAAGCCGGAGGCCAUGAUGUCUGGCAGCAUUGUGGGGACACCCAUCCAUAUGGCCCCCGAACUUUUCACAGGGAAGUACGAUAACUCCGUGGAUGUCUACGCUUUUGGCAUUCUUUUCUGGUAUAUCUGCUCAGGUUCUGUCAAGCUCCCUGAGGCAUUUGAGAGAUGUGCCAGCAAAGAUCACCUCUGGAACAAUGUGCGGAGAGGGGCCCGCCCAGAACGCCUUCCUGUGUUUGAUGAGGAGUGCUGGCAGCUGAUGGAAGCCUGCUGGGACGGUGACCCUUCUCAGAGACCUCUCUUGGGCAUUGUCCAGCCCAUGCUCCAGGGCAUCAUGGACAGGCUAUGCAAGUCAAAUUCUGAGCAGCCAAACAGAGGACUAGACGAUUCUACUUGAAAGCAAAGACCUUUCUCUUUCACUCUCCAUUUCUUUCCUUCCCCUCAUCUUUUGGCCAUGGGAAGAAGUUGACAGUUGUUCAUUACUGAGAGCUCCCAGGAGAAUCGAUGCUUGCUGGGCAGCUGGAGACCUCCCCAGGCAGAGGCGUCUCCUGGGUGGUGCCGUUGGAUGGCUGAUCAUAUUCAGCAGUUCACUGAUGCCUCAAGCUGUUUCUUUAGCAAAGGAUUGCCUCGGACAUGGGUAAAAGGAUGAAGAAGGCCAUGUUCUGGCCUCAAAACUGAAAAGGGGGUAAAUGUUACCAAUGUCUGUUCAUUGUACGUUUCUAAGACAAGGGGACACUGCCGUGGCAAUAGUAUUAAAAACUAUAAUUUUCAUAGUUUCAGCUCUAGCUAGGAAUAGUUUGGUUCUAUCCAGUUGUCAGAACUCUUAGAAAAUAUAUGCUUAGUUCUGGAAUUGUGAAAACAUAGGAGCAAAAAAAUAGCUUGAGGAUAACUCUCUCCUGUUUUCUGCACCCAGAGAUCUCAGGUUGCAAUAUAGCCAGAGGCCCCAGUGAUGAAGCUAGAAACAAAGCUAUCUGUUCUUACAGUACCAGUGUGUUUACAUUUAUAGGACCACAUAGCCCUGGCUUCUGAGGGAGAGUUUCACAAUUCAUCACCAAGAGGCCGCAAAAAGAAAACCGUGUGUGCAUGUGUGUGUGUGUGUGUGUGCCGUUGGAUUUUGAGUUACUGCUACACGUAGAACAGACUUUUUUCUUCUACCCCUGUGUCUUUGUUUUCUUUUUUUCUCUAUUUGGCCUCAAAAUGGGGAAGCUCCAGUUAACAUGGUCGUUAGGGGUGAGUGUCUGAGUACAGCUGAGCAGUGUGAAGUAUUUGGUGAGACCGAGAAGUGGACAAUGAUCUGAAGGCCAUGGGCCUCCAUACAAACCCACUAGAAGCAUACUAGUUUCUUUUUUAAAACUUAAAUAAAAAUCAGGAACUCUUCUUUUGUGUUUGAAUCUAACACACUGGUGUUUUAAACUUGACCAGUGAGCUUUUUAACUAAGCUUUUUUUGCCACUCGUCCCUUCUUUUUACCUUAUUUUAAAUACAAUGGUAGAAGAACCAGAUGAAAGAGAAGAACACUCUUUGUAGUUCUCUGUGUGCACCUCAUCCCUGUGUGGUAGUGUCUGGGAAGAGUCCUCUCUCUUGGAUUGGAAGGCGGGGGGGUGGUCUUUUGGAGAGUUUGUCAUGAAGUGUAUAUAAGAAGGUAAAUUCCUAUGCCAGUCAAAGGAAGGGGAACAAUUUAAACACUGGUGCACCUCAGAUCUUGACUGUAAGCCUCCCUCAGCCAAAAUGCUCCAUUAGAUUUAGAAAAACAUGUAGGUGAAAGAAUGGACAGUGGAGGCAAGUGGCUUCCUCCAUCUGCCUAACACCCAAGCCCUGUUGUCUGCCCCCUGCGCCUCGUCCCGAACAGGGAAACAGGUCCCAGAGUCUCUAGGUGUAUGAGAUAAUGGUCAGAUUUGCUGCUAGAAUUUUCUAGGGUAUUAGUGAUAGAAUGACCAUCUCUUAAAUAUUAACAGGGUGUAAAUGGAGUCUACAAAACAAUUUUCCAUAUAACUUUUAAAGUUCAAUUUUUAACUUGGCUAUCCUUGGCUCUGAUCCUGAUCUAUACAAGCGUAGUAGCCCCCUGAGGACUUGUAGCUCUUCAGAAACGUCAUAUAAUGCUAAAAAACUUCCUACUUGCAAUAGAUAAGUUUACUGACCCAGUGUCUUUGGGUUCUGUGGGCUCCAGCCUUGUUUUGGUGGAAUGUUCAGUUUAUCUCUUAGAAUUUUUAACACUUAGCUUUACAUCAAGACACGCUAUUCUGAUCGGCAUGAACUUGUCGCCCUUCUGGGGACUAUGAUGGGCCUUCUAGGAAGCCAUGUUUCACGUUAAAAAAGUAGAAGUGAGUAGUCUCUACUUGACAAAAAACCAGUGCAAGUCUUGUUCCGUAUGAAAUUUCAAGAAAGCUUUUAUAUAGUUCCCUUUCCCAGACUGUCUCGGUACCUCUGGCUAUAAUCAGGAGUCAGUGCUCCCACUAUAGAGACCACAUUCCUAACAUUUUUGGGGAGUCUUAGCUCACACUCCCAUUCACACAUGGAAGGUUAGGUUUUUCUCCACCCGGAGUCCCUUUUUGGUUUAUCACCUGUGACUUAGUCUGCUCUCAGACAUCAGUUUUCUAGGAGAUUCCCACAUUUUUUGCCUGAGAAGGGAGGGGCUCGUGGAUGAGUAGUUGUGUUAUAGUUCAUUUAAAAAAAAAAAAAGAUUCUGAGAAAAGGUGGAGAAUAUUCCUGAAAGUCUGCAGGCCAGCCAAAGCCCACAUGUAGACAUUUGGAGGUGUUAUUUAAACACUCAGCAGGCUGAGUGCAGGAAUAUAUAUCACGUGUAUACUUUGCUUUUGUUUUACAACAUUGUCAGCAAAUUUUGGAUUCUUUGUUCCUUUGGCAACCAUUAUUAUUAAAGUGAUGGAAUGCCAUGAAAUGUACUGUAUUGUGUAUCACUUGGGAAGAUACUAGGUUAUUAAAGAAGUUUGGUGGCACUUGGACUAUCAAGGGCUCAGCAAGACCAAAGUCUAAAGAUUUUACCUCCUUGCUUUGGCUGUAUGUGCUCCCUAGCGUUGAGGUGAGAUCGUGGCUGGGGGAGGAAGAAGGAUGGGAUGAAAGAAAUACCCUGUGCUCUAUCCUUCUGGUCAACUUAAUUAGGGCAAUUUACCCCAGCCCCCAAAUGAUCACCUGGCUACUUUUAAUGCACUUGAAGCCUGAUCACUUAUGUUGCUUCAGAACUGAGUGGGGGACCUUCCUGCAGUGCAGUCGGAAGAUGGUGGAGUCUGGAGCCAAGAGCAGCUGACCCUGUGCCUAGGGUCAGUCACGGGCGGAGGGAUGCUCGUUUGGGUAAGGUUUCCACAGGCAUGCCCUUGUUCCCUUGAUCCUCUUGCAGAGAGUAGCUCAUGGGUUGAGCAAGCCUUUCACUUCUCUGGAAAGGAGGACUGUGCUGGUUCUUCCCAGACCAAAGAGAGUCACUUUUGACUCCAUCAGUUUCAGGGGGACCGAGCCUAGGCAGCAGCUUCUCCUAAUUUUUAACACUAAAAGUCGAGGAAACAGUGAAGGAAAGGAUACAUUACUACCACAGAUAGAAAUAGGGGAAUAGUAGAACACUCAGAGUUUUUUUUGUUGUUAUUGUUAUGGGAGAAGUGGUUUAGGCUGCAACAUGAUAACUGCACUGAACGACACUUUAUUUUUGUUUUAAUUCAGCACUGACAAGCCAAGGGGGAUUGGUGGUUAUAGUAGCACUUGGGGGAAUAGAGACUCCCUCUGGCCUUGCUGGGUGUUCCAUCUGGCUAAACAGGGACCUCCACACUCCACCGUGCGUCAGAGCAGGCUGAACGGCCCUCCGAGAGUCCAUUGCCAAAAGGGGAGUUUUUCUCUUUGAGAUUUCAAAGCUUGAUUUUGGGAUUUGCUGGAUCAAAUAACCCACUUUCUCUUUAAAAGAAAAAAAAAAGGGUUUAUCUUUCUAAUGUGGAGGUGGGGUGGGUUAGGGCUAGUGUGGAUGUUAAUAGGUAAGGAGGGAGUAACCUUGAAAAACUUGUAUUGCAAACUCCCUUGGGGGUUUCAGAUAUAGCACUACUGUUCUUACAUGGGUUUUAUUUUUAACUUCAUCUGCUUUGUUAACAUCCAGUCCAAUUGAGAUGAUCGCAGAGACUAUGUGAACACCUGGGACUGGGUGGGCCUUCAUCCCCAGAGGGUUGGAAGGAAAAUUGGUCUGGACAGCUUGUUGUCUUGUGUCUUUAUGUAAUAUUUUUGUUUGUUUUAAAGCACUAAUGUUUAUUACAGUGUUAAGUAAAAAUGUAACAUACUAAGGGUGUAGAAUAAAAGUGCAAUAACAAGAGAAAUUACUUUGGCACAAACUUCAGUCCUUACACUCUCCUUUCAUGUCUCUUUCCUCAUUGUUACAUUUCCACAUUGUUACAGCAGGACCCUGUUAAUUGUGUGUAUUUUUAAGAGACGUAAUUAAGGGAUAAGCCUUCAUUUAGUGUAAUUUUGAAAGGUUGGGUCUGGUUUUAUAGAAUAUUCUGUAUCAUUGUUGGGAUGCACAAAUACCCGAUGUGCUGUAUA